AUGGAGAAUCAACACACGUUCUGGAAGUCCAAUUAUGAAAUUGACGAGUUUCCAUUUGCACCUACGUGCCAAUUUUCUUCAUAUGAUUAUAACUGGGAUAAUGCUAAUGAUGAUGGUUAUCAUUGUUCAUAUCAAUAUGAUGAUCAAUUUCCUUGGCAAGAUAGCUAUCUUGAUGCCAUCCCUUUUUCGAAGUGUUAUUAUCCUCAUGACAUUUUCUAUGAAACUCUUCCAAUUGAACCAAGCCCGUUAAGCGCACAAGAUUAUGACUUUUGUGACGUUAAUAAUGUGCUUUCUGCGAGGAAUGAAGUUGAUGGUUCUGACAAAGCUGUGUUCUCAUCAUGUAAUGGUGGAGAAAGUGUGAAUGAAGUGAGGGAAGAUUUUAAGGGUAAGCAGUGCAGGGAAGAGAGAAGUGGAAGUGCGAGAAUGUUGUCAAGGAAAACGGUUUCUGAGUACUUUUACAUGCCAAUAUCACAAGCUGCAAGAGAGCUUAAUGUGGGUCUCACACACUUGAAGAAAAGGUGUAGGGAGUUAGGGAUUCAGAGGUGGCCACACAGGAAGCUCAUGAGUUUGCAAACCCUUAUAAAGAAUAUACAAGAGCAAGGAGAGGGGUAUGAAAAUGAUGAAAAAAUAAGGGCUGCCAUUGAGGUGUUGGAGAGAGAAAAGAGGAUGGUGGAGGAAAUGCCGGAUUUACAACUUGGUGAUAAUACGAGAAGGCUUAGACAAGCUUGUUUUAAGGCUAACUACAAGAAGAGGAAACUCAUGGGCAUGCAUGAGGUUCAUGAAACCACAAUCUCCCCUUAG